AUGCAAUUUCAGCCGUCCAUUGGCUUGCAAUGGAAGGAGACGAAGCACGGCGAUGGGGAUGGCGAUGGCGAGAUUGCUUUGCUCGCUGCGCGCCUGCGAUCGUGCAGAGAUGCCGGGGAUCUGUCGCAAUGCCGUGCAAUUCACGCGGAGAUCUUGGAGAGCUCCUUCCACCGCAACAAGUUCCUGCGCAAUCUCCUCGUCGAGGCGUAUGGCAGCUGCGGCAGCGUCCCGAGCGCGCGCCUGGUGUUUGAUUCCAUCGACCGCCCCAAUCUCUUCUCGUGGAACAUACUGAUCAAGGUCUACGCCGGCAAUGGAUUCCCGCGGGAGGCACUGGAAAUCUAUGCGCGGAUGCAACGCGACGGGACUCUCCAGCUCAACGCACAUACGUAUGCCACAGUUCUGGGUGUUUGCUGGGAUCUGGAGCUGGGAAGAGAGAUCCACUCCAAAAUCCUGGAAGCUGGGCACGAAUCUAACGAAGUUGUGGCAAAUGGGCUCAUCACGAUGUACGCGAGAUGCGGCAGCGUGGAGGAAUCGAGAGCCGUCUUUGAUAAAAUCCGUGAUCCCAAUGUAGUCUCUUGGACGAGCAUGAUCACAGCUUAUUCCCAAAACGGGCAUUUGGAGGAGGCGAAAGAGCUGCUCGAUAGAAUGCCGGAACCCAAAACCUAUGCUUGCAAUGUUCUAAUCGCUGCACUCUGCAAGAGGGGUUUCAUGGAUCGAGCGAAGGAUAUAUUUGAUUCUCUGCCAGAUCCUGAUGUGGUGUCUAGAACCUCGAUGCUUGUAGCAUAUGCCCGGUCUGGGCAUCUGUAUGAAGCGAGGCAAGUAUUUGAUGACAUGAAUGAGAGGAAUGUUGUUUCGUGGAAUGCGAUGAUCACUGGAUAUACACAAACGGGAUUCUUGAGAGAAGCUUGGUAUUUGUUUCAGAAAAUGCCGAUUAAAGAUACCGUCUCCUGGACGACCAUGCUAACAGCAUAUGCCCAAAGCAAGAACUUGCGAGCAGCGAAGGAACUCUUUGAUAAGAUGGGAACAAAAGAUCUUGUCUCGUGGAACGCGAUGCUUGGGGCGUACUCUCACAGCGGUGUUGUUGUGGAGGCUAAAGAUCUGUUCGAUCAAAUCCCAGAGAAAGAUACCGUGUCCUGGAACACGUUGCUUGGAGCAUAUGCUUUGCAUGGGCAUGUUUCUCAAGCCGAGGCCCUGUUUGCCGAGAUUCCAUGCCCGAAUCCAAUUUCCUGGAACACCAUGCUCACGUCCUACGCAUUCAACGAUCGAUUACAAGAUGCCGAGUUGAUGUUUGAGAGAAUGAGGGAUAAAAACGCGGUGUCCUGGAACAUCCUGAUCGCAGCAUUUGCCGAGAAGGGGCAAGCGAAGAAGGCGAUUGCGUUGGUCGUGAGGAAAGAUCUGGAGGGAUAUCCCACAGACAAGUAUACGCUUAUUGGGAUCUUCGAUGCUUGUACGAGCUUGGGUGUGGCGGAAGAUGGCAAGGCAGUCCAUAUGAGCGUUGUCGAGGCGGGCAUCUUGUUCGACGAUGCAGUUGGCGAGAGCCUCAUCAACAUGUACGCAAAGUGUGGUAGCCUGGACGACGCGAGAGCCCUCUUCGAUAAAUCCUCGAAGAACUCUGUCGACAUCGCGGCGUGGAACUCGUUCAUGGCUGCUUGCUCCACCGCCGGCUCUGGAGCCGAGGCGCUGGAGAUAUUCCAGACGCUGGACCAGCACGGCCUUGAGCCGGACCACAUCUCGUUCGUGAGGAUUCUCUCGGCUUGCAGCCACGCCGGGAUGAUAGAGCACGCCAGGAGCUACUUCUCGUCCAUCCCGGGGGACUAUCACUCGGGAGUCACGAUGGAUCACUACCUGUGCAUGGUUGACAUGCUGGGUCGAUCCGGGCGAUUGAAACAAGCCCGGGAGCUGCUGGAUUCCAUGCCGUUUGAGCCCGACGUUAUCGCAUGGAUGACGCUCCUCUCCGCUUGCAGUAACCACGGUGACACCACAGGUGGGAUCGUGUCUGCUCGCCGGAUAAUCGAGCUCGAGCCCCAGACUAGCGGUCCAUUCAUCCUCCUCUCAAACAUCUACAAGCAACUUGGGGGAACUCGAAAAUCCGCCUUUUAA